AUGAAUAUUCGAUGUGCGAGGCCUAGUGACUUGAUGAAUAUGCAGCACUGCAAUCUGCUGUGCCUGCCUGAGAACUAUCAGAUGAAGUACUACUUCUACCAUGGCUUGUCAUGGCCACAACUCAGUUACGUUGCUGAGGAUGAGAAGGGACACAUUGUUGGCUAUGUAUUAGCCAAAAUGGAAGAAGAUGGUGAGGACAACCGUCAUGGUCAUAUUACCUCCCUCGCUGUGAAGAGGUCACACCGACGUCUCGGACUCGCACAGAAACUUAUGAACCAAGCUUCACUUGCUAUGGUGGAGUGUUUUAAGGCUAAAUACGUAUCUCUGCACGUAAGGAAAAGCAACAGAGCAGCACUCAAUUUGUACACUAACAGUCUCGGUUUUAAAAUACUCGAGAUUGAGCCUAAAUAUUAUGCUGAUGGUGAAGAUGCCUACUCCAUGAUGCGUGAUCUCAGCGCUUUUGCUGCAGAAAACAAGACGGAGCCUCAACCGACAGAAAAUUUGGAAAUUAAGUCAGAAUCUGCAAUUAUAUCACAGUGCUGA